AUUCUCAUUAAGAGCACUAGUGUAGUAUAUUAUUUUAUGGAAUGUCUAAAGUAUUUGUUAGUCAAAUAUAUAUUAACAAGUUCUGAUCUCUCCCUUGUUAGGAAAAGUGAGGAUGAUAUGAUGGAAGAAGUUGCAAAUAAUCUUUCAAACAUGUUAAAUAAGGCUGCCCCAUCAACGGAUUUCGAUGGAUUUGUUGGAAUGGAGAAUCAUAUCACACAGAUAAGUUCACUGUUGUCAUUAGAUUUCGUUGAUGACGUGAGGAUGGUUGGAAUCUGGGGUCCUGCAGGAAUUGGGAAAACAACCGUAGCCCGAGCCUUAUAUUGGAAACUCUCUAAUAAUUUUGAAGUCACUGAUUUUAUGGAGAGUAUAAGGGGAAGUCCUGAGAACCAUCAUCCGUUCGUUUUGAAUUUACAAGAACAAUAUAGGAAAGUGCUUUUAGUUCUCGAUGAUGUACAUGAUUCAAAGCAGCUAAAAGCCAUGGCUGGCAAUCCUCAGUGGUUUGGCCGCGGAAGCAGGAUUAUCAUCACAACGAAUGAUAAGAAACUUUUGAAGGCACAUGGGAUCGACCAAAUAUACCAUGUGGAAUUUCCAUCAACAUUGGAAGCUCUUGAAAUCUUCUGUCUAUAUGCUUUUGAUCAAAAGUCUCCCUAUGAUGGUUUUGAGGAGCUCUCCAUGGAAAUUACAGGACUUGCCGGCAAUCUUCCUUUGGGUCUAAGUGUUUUUGGUUCAUAUCUACGAGGCAUGUCAAAAGGAGAGUGGAUGCAUGCACUUCCUAGACUUAGGACAAGUCUCGAUGCAAACACUGAGAAAGCAUUAAGGUGCGACUAUGAGACAUUGUGUGAUAAAGAAAAAGCUUUAUUUCUCCAUAUAGCAUGUUUUUUCAAAGGUGAGAGAACAAGCAAUCUGGGAGAGUAUUUUAGCAACUUGGACAUCAGGCGUGGGCUUCAAGUCUUAGCUGAAAAAUCUCUCAUAUCUAUAGACAAUGGGGCACGAUUAGUGAUGCACAAUUUACUAGAACUACUGGGUUUAGAAAUAUCCCGUAAAGAAUACAUAGAUGAGAAUAGGAGACGUGCUCGGGAGAUUGGUGAUGUCCUCGCCGAUGAUACAGGAUAUGUAUCUGCUCGAGGCACAGAUCACGUCUUAACUGCAAUCAAGGACGAAAUAAGCAUUGACGAGAGAGCCAAUGAAAGGACACUUGACUCUUUACCGGCUCUUUCUCCUUUGCCUUCCAAUUGUACACACCAUGUCUUUGCUAGUUUUCGCGGGGUAGAUGUUCGUAAAAGUUUCCUCCGUCACAUGCUAAUGGUGCUCAGAAACAAAGGAAUCACCCUAUUCACUGAUAUUGAAAUCGAGACGGGCACAUCGAUUGUUCAUGAACUCAAAGAAGCUAUACACCGAUCGAGGAUCUCAAUUAUCCUAAUAUCAAAUAAGUAUGCUUCUUCAACGUGGUGUCUGGACGAGUAGG